AUGACUGCCAUUGGCGUGAUGAAACUUUUAUGUCAUACUACCAGAAAUGAGAACAGGUAUGCAAAAAGAUUCUUUGGUACUCUUCUGACACAGAUAUCACAAAAAAGGGCCUUUUCUCCAUUCUGCAUGGUGGUACCUGACCACAAAUCAGCUGUGUUUGGACUUACUCAACCAUUUUGUACAGCUGAAAAAUCUCAAACAGCACCAAAAAGCAAAGCACAAUUUGGAAGUGUUGGGCGAAGAAUUCCCUAUUGGAUGUUGCAUGUCAUCAAUCAGGAUGGAGAGAGCUUAGGACAUAUGUACUGAGCAGAGGCACUCCAACUUAUGGAUCAGCAUAACCUGAAACUAGCUCUUCUUUGUGAGAACGCAGAUCCUCCUGUAUACAGACUCAUGACUGGGCAGCAGAUUGACGAAGAACAGCUUAGAUGUGCAGAGAAGAAAAAAGCAAGUCCAAAACCAGGGGUGGUCCAGAAGGAGUUAUCAAUUUCUUCAACUAUUGCCAAGAAUGACUUAGAGACCAAGACUAAACAGAUAGAACAUUGGAUUGAAAAGAAACACCAUGUUAAAAUUACCAUCCUGCAAGCAAGGGAUAGCAACACAGACAUGUUCCUGCUUUAA